AUAUGUAUGUACAUAGCUUGUUCGUUUGAAAUCGCUACUUGACUAGCGUGGUAGUAAUAGCAGUCAUGAUGCCAGUGGCUCAUCUCGUCAAAGUAACACUUCCAAAUUAUUUAGCUGGAUUGCCUAUUCCAGAUACUAUUGGAGGAUGGUUUCGACUCGGAAUACGAGACUGGAUUGCCUUAAUUCCUCCAACCGCGUUAUUAGCGGGUAUCGGUUAUAUGUCGUAUCAAGCAUUUUGUCCAAAGGCUAGAGGACCACCAUGCGGACUUGUGAAUCUGAAUGUAAAGAAGGAUGUAAAUAAAGUAGUAGACACAGUUGAUAUAGAAGAUAUUACUGAAAAAGCCGUGUUUUGCCGUUGCUGGAGAUCUAAGAAUUGGCCAUACUGCGAUGGCGCUCAUGGAACUCAUAAUCAAGCGACAAAUGAUAAUGUGGGUCCACUUGUAAUUACAAAAAAGAAGGAUUAAUACACAAAUAAGAAGAAAAUAAUAGUAAAUUUAAUAUUUACUCGAUAUACCGCCUCCAAACGAUCAUUCCUAUGUAUACCAAUGCAAUUGCUACAGCAAAACUGAUCGCAGUAACUAGCGCUAUGAUUCCCGAAGGCAUAUGCUUACUAUUAUUGCGACUAACAGAUUUCGCAACUUCAGCGAUGUUUUCCGAACUUACACUUGUAGCAGCCUUUUUUACUGGUAACGGCGA